AUGGAAUGCUUCUUUGUAUCACAUAAGGCUAUUCCAAAUGACUUGAAAGGCUUUGAAGGAAGAGAUGAGAGUUUUAAGGGUCUCAACUACUGUACAAGAAUUGGUCUUCCAAUGAGAGCUUUGAAGUUUGACACAUUUAUCAAUGGAUCAUAUGGACCACCGUGA